AUGCGGCCUACAUUCCUUCUCGUCGCCGGCGCAUCGCUCGCGGCCGCUGGUGUUUGCAAGCACCGUCAUUCUACUACUUCGGCCGUUAUUGCCUCUGCAGUCGAAACUUCGGUGGAAACUCCAAGCAAGUCUGUGGUUGACACUGCGGUUGUGACUUCGGCUGCACCCUCGACGACAGCUGCCGCAUCUGCAAUUGCACCGGUUGUUUCUUCAGCCGCGUCUUCGGCAGCGUCUUCGACAGCUGCUGUGGUGGAAUCUUCAAUUGUCCCUUCUGUCGUAUCCUCCGUCGCACCAGUUGCGACGUCGGCGACUUCUUCGGCGGCUGCUGUGGUUGAAACCUCAGCGGCACCCUCGGUGGUCUCCUCAGUCGCAUCUUCGGCCGCCUCUUCAGCCGCCUCCUCCGCGGCAUCGUCGGCAGCCACUGAUGCAGCUUCGAGCGGCUUUUUGUUCACUGGUGUCAGUGAGUCCGGUGCUGAAUUCGGAACUGGUAACAUUCCGGGUACUGAGGGCACCGACUACACUUUCCCCAACACCACUGCCAUCGAUAUUCUGUUCGCCGCUGGCAUGAACUCCUUCCGUGUCCCGUUCCUUAUGGAGCGUAUGAUUCCCACCAAAAUGACCGGUUCCCUGGACAGCGACUACUUUAGUGGAAUCGAGGCUGUGGUUACUCACAUCACCGGCAAAGGAGCUUAUGCCAUUCUCGAUCCCCACAACUAUGGUCGUUACUACUCCAACAUCAUUACUGACACGGCUGCCUUUGGUUCAUGGUGGGCCACAGUGGCCGCCAAGUUUGCCGACAACAAGCUGGUCGUCUUCGACACCAACAACGAGUACCACGAUAUGGAGAACUCGCUGGUGGCCGAGCUGAACCAGGCCGCCAUUACUGCGAUCCGUGGCGCCGGCGCCACUUCGCAAUACAUCUUUGUCGAGGGCAACGCGUACACCGGCGCUUGGACUUGGGUGUCGAGCGGAAACGGCGACGCCCUCAAGGACUUGACCGAUCCCGAGGACAAGCUGAUCUACGAGAUGCACCAGUACCUCGACUCGGACGGCUCCGGUACGUCCGAAACCUGUGUUGACAGCACCAUCGGCGCGACCCGCCUUGCUGCUGCGACCGCCUGGCUCAAGGAGAACGGCAAGCUCGGUGUUCUCGGCGAGACUGCGGGCGCGAACAACGACAUUUGCAAGUCUGCCAUCAAGGGAGAGUUGCAGUAUCUCAAGGAUAACUCGGAUGUUUGGGUUGGUUGGUUGUGGUGGGCUGCUGGACCUUGGUGGGCCGACUACCUGUUCAGCAUGGAGCCCUCUACUGGCGUUGCGUAUGACAACUACCUCUCUGUUGUUUCGGAGUUCCUUGCAUAA